AUGCCCGAAUUCCAGCGGGCUCUGUCGGGCAUCUGCUCCCGUACGAUACAACAUCCCGACUCACAGGUCAAUCGUCUCUGCAUUACCCCGGACAAGCGCUUCCUUGCCGCGGCCGGACAUAACAAUGUGAAGCUUUUCGACAUCAAGUCAACCAAUCCGAACCCGGUCAUGACCUUCGAGGGCCAUACCAGCAACAUUACGGGCGUCGCGUUCCACUGCGAGGGCAAAUGGAUGGUGACGAGCUCUGAGGACGGGACUGUCAAAGUUUGGGAUACACGAACUGGCAGUCUGCAACGCAAUUAUUUCCAUCGCGUGGCGGUCAAUGACGUCGUGAUUCAUCCAAACCAGGGCGAGCUAAUUAGCGGUGACCGUGCCGGCAUGGUUCGUGUUUGGGACCUGGGCGAGAACGUCUGUACGCAUCAAUUGAUCCCCGAGGACGACACCGCUGUCCUGAGCGUCAGCGUUGCUAGUGACGGGUCUUUACUCUGUGCUGGUAAUAAGAAGGGCAAUGUCUACAUCUGGCGCAUGAUCCAAACGGAAGAAUCGACGAAGAUCGUUCCAAUCUGCACCUUCCAAGCUCAUAAAGACUACCUGACUCGCGUCCUGCUCUCACCGGACGUCAAGCACCUGGCCACAUGCUCUGCCGACCACACGGCGAAAGUUUGGAACCUGGAUCCUGACUAUGCGCCAGCCCAAAUUGCAAUCAAAGACUGGAACGAGAAACAAGCUCUGAAAGCUUCCACCGAGGACCAGACCGAGACGCCAGCCGAAGUCGCCCAAGCCCAACAAGGCGAGCUGAUGAAUCAAGCCCGCGAUCUGCUCCGCAUUUUCGAUACCCCAAUCCGCGACCGCGAACUACUCCGUAUCUCCGACAAUCCUCCCCUUACUGAGACUCCUCAGCAAACAUUUACGACUCAACCCGAUGGGCCCCCAAUGGACCCCGCCAAUAACACUCUGUUCCUCGAGACUACCCUCGCUAAUCACCAGCGCUGGGUGUGGGACUGUGCAUUCUCUGCUGAUUCGGCAUACCUUGUUACUGUCUCCAGUGACCAUUAUGCACGCUUGUGGGAAUUGAGCUCCGGCAAUAUCAUCCGUCAGUACAGUGGUCAUCACCGCGGUGCGGUCUGCGUUGCUCUAAAUGACUACUCUGAACCCCGCUGA